UUGGAAUCAGGAAAACUCAGACCAAAGACCAAGACAAGUCAGACCCAAAUCGACUCAACCUAUUUAAAGAAAACUCAGAUUACUUUUAAAGACAACUCUGACCAGUUUAAAAGACAACUUAAACCAGUUAGAUCCAUUUAGAGACACUUUUAAUCAGUGUUAAAGACAACUCUAACAACUCAGACAUGACACAAUCUGAAACAACAAACAAAUGUAAUAUUCCAACAUGGAGUUUGAGAAAGGUUGAUGAUUAAAGACACAACAUUCAGCUUUGUAAUACAUUCAUGAUGGGAACUGGGAUUCCUCUUCUGAAUGAAUAUAAACGAGAAUUCCUUUCUAAAAGAUUUCCUCAGACACUGCUUGGAGGACCAAAAUUACGACUUGGAUAUGAGGCACCUGUUUAUGUAUAUUUCCAACAGCUGUUAUUAUUUCUGUUUCCAUUUUUAAUUGGCGGUAUAUUCACAUUAUUAGUAGAACUUAAAACCAUAGAUGAUUAUGUAGGCAGUAUUAUAACUGGAAGUUUGAUUUUUACAUGUGUGUUGAUUGUGCAGUUGACAUCAACAAUAGUUCAAGCUCAGAAUUCAUCAGACCUUCCAUAUCCUACAAAGAAAAAUCUACUAGCGGAAGAAGAUGAAAUUGACUUCUUCUCCUGUUGUGGUGUUGAAACUUUGGAAUUUGUUGUACCAAAGAAGAGAUUCAAAUUUAAUAUUGUUAUCCAUGCAGUAUUGUCAGGAUUUGUGUGUGGGUUGACCUUCAUGUACUUAUUACCAAUGACACUAAAUUCACUUUAUAGUCACAAUACUGGGGCAACAGUAGUAUUGUAUAUAUUUGGUUGGUUGACAUUAUGCAUAGCUCAGUACUCCUUAUCUGUAGGGUCACCACCAGAACCAAAUACUUACAAAACACAAGAUAGCUGGGAAAUAGCUCCAUUAAUGAGGUCACUGUAUGUUCUCAUUUGUGUUUCUAUUUAUCUUAUGAAUAGGUAUUACUCAACAGUUUUUAACACAGCUGACCAAGCACUUCACAUAGUUUUUGUCUGUUUACCUCUGGCUUGGAUAACAGGCUUAUUACCUCCCUUAGAUGCUUUCAUCCUCUGGUUAUUUGAACAGAUUCAUGUAUUUAUGCUAGGAGGAUCUCCUGUGUCUUCUGAUAUCAGAUUACUUGUUUUGUUGGUGAUUUCAGUAACAGUCUUUCUUGCUGCCUACUUUAUAAAGAAAAGUAUAGCAACAGUUGUUAUAUGUGCUUUGAUGGGAUACUUACUUAGCCUUGACCUUGGUGCAGCAGCCAAUAACAUUUAUCAUUUCUUACUGUAUAGGAAUAAAGUGACAUCUGGUACCAGUUCUAUGGAUGUCACGAGUCAGACAUCAAAAUAUGGGUUUUUAUGGAAAUUUGGAUUAUUACAAUGUCUUUACCAUUUUGUCAUGAUGGUAAUUGUAGGAGUCAUGUCAGGAAUGUUAAAUUCUAACACAGGCACUGCGGGUUCUAUAGAUUCAAGUGCGUGGAAAAUAAUCGGAUAUGUUAUAAUUGGAUGUUGUCUUGCAGAGAAAAUUUUUAGGGACUUACAGAAUGUUUACAUUUUUUUUGGAUUGUGGAGAAACUUGCCGUGUAUAUAUCCAAACAGCAGAGGAAGAUCAUAUGACAAAAGACGGCGGAGACUAAGAAUACUAGGAGUAAUAAGGAGAUUUAUAGUAAACUGGGUGAGUCCUUUCCUUAUGUUGGCUUAUAUAUCAAUCCUCAUCACCAGUACAGACCCAGAUUCUGUGUCCCUGACAUCAGGAGUGGACACUACAAAAGCUGUGUGGUACACAUUUGGUACUGUUAGAGUAUUUAGAUGGAUUUGGCAGGGAACAGUUAGUAGUCUCUUAGAACUCUCAAUUGUACACAUAAUACUGAUCACCAUUCCAAACAAUUCCACAGUCAUGAGUUAUGGAGUACCAAUACUGUCACUUCUCAUUGGACUUUCCAGAGACAGAUUUUUCCAGUUCAUCUACAAGUUAUAUUUUGCCUUUACUCUUCUGCUCACAUCUGUAUCAGACAAGAAACAGAGGAGAAAGUCAACAGUUCCAAUAUUUGUGUUAUCAAUAUUGUUUUUCCCUGUGGUACUGGGAAUCAUUGGAGCAGCGACUGUUCUAUCUGCACCAUUACUGUCACUCUUCACCUUACCUUUGUUCUUCAUUGGAUUUCCACGUCCAAACAAGUUCUGGCCAGAGGCAGUAGGAGCAUCAGCUAACAGUAAUCCAGAUACUAUGUUUUAUAUGCAAGUGGCUCCAAAGUUAUCCCAAACUUUAAGGGCAGCAUUUGCAGAUGGCAGUCUUGGCGAACCAGUCCCAGGAUUUCAUUACCUUGUCAGAUUCCAAGACAGACUUGUUUGGGUUAUGGUUCUUGAAAGAGGUUAUGGAUUCUGUUCUUUAAAUAUUAAAGGAUUGGAGUUGCAGGAAACAUCUUGUCACACAGCUGAAGCAGCAAGGAUAGAUGAAAUAUUUGAAUCUGCAUUUGAAAAGGAAGAUGCUUCUUGUAUAGGCUAUCUGAAUGAGUAUCCAAUGCACACAUUGACACCUAUGGAUUCUGCUAAUGUAGAGGCAUAUUCUGAUGCCAGAAAUGUUCUGACAGGAAUAAUAGAUUAUCCUGCUAAUUAUGAUAUUGUCAUGUCUUCUUUCAUCAAAGCUUUAGUAUGGGUUCUAAUUAGACAUGUGAAUCAGAUCAAAUUGAAGGAAGGAAAGAAAAAGGGGGAUGAAAGUUUGACGAAGGCUAGACAAAAACCUGUUGAAAAAGUAGAAUUGACAGAAUUUAAAAAGGAAUCUAAUAAUAACUUUUCAAAUGGUCUCAAUGGUAACUUAAGGCAUUCCAAUAAUGUUACAAAUACAGAAAAUACAAGGAAAGGAAACUUGCCAUCAGUUCAUAAAACAACAGUGGAAGUUGUGGUAGAUAAGGAUAACAGAACAACUGUCCGUCCACCAUCAUCAAGGUCUGUUAAAAGGAAGUCAUCAUGGUCUUCUCUCAAUAGUUUUACUGACAGUAUAUUUUCUGAAGAUGGUUUAUUCAAUGAUAAGAAACCACCUAAAAAAGAAAUAAAAAAGCCAAUAAUAUCAAAUAAAACAUUGAAAUCUGAUGACGAUAUUGACGUCCUUGAUGAGAUGUUAGAUGACCUUGACUUUGGGUUACCAGCUAUGGAUAUUAACCAGAGAUCAAAACCUGUCAACAAUACAUCAAAGGCUCCAAUAAAAAAGAACCAGUUUUCUUAUGGUAACACAAUUUAUAAACCUGUAACCAAUCUAGCAGGGUCACCUGACUUUAAAUGUUCACACUCCACUCAGAUAAGUUUACCAUCUAGGUGGAGAGAAUUGCCAUUAGAAUAUUCUCAGCUGUCUCGGUACUUAAGUAAAUUUCCACGUGAUUGGUACAAACAUGUAUUGGGUACAUUGGACUGGUCAAAUACUGGACUGUCAACACAGCAAGUACUUGGAGAAGUAACUGGGGAUGAAGCUCUACUUAAUUGUUACUCACAGCUUAUAAUGGCUUGUUAUUCUAUUUUUGAAUCAAAUGGAAGUGUUAAAAGUGCUAGUCAGUUGUACAAGUAUUACAUUGGUGAUUUACCAUGGAAUGCUAUGUUGGAUUGGUUGUCAGAAGACAAGCAGUUACAUAACCUAGUUCUUAGAUCAUACAGAUAUGGUUUCAAGUUGAUGCUGGACCAGAUAUUGAUAGGUGAAGCUAAUACCCCAGAGGAGACCCAGGAAUACUUUGAGGAGUAUGACAAAGAUUGGUACAUUGGACUGGAGAAAGAUGAUGAUUGGAAGGCUGCUGUAUUGUCGUCAAGGAAACAAUUAUUCUCAAUGGGCCACAAUAAAGCACAGGGAACUUAUAACAGUAGAGUUCUUUCCCUUCAACCAGUGAUGGCACACAUUGGGAGAAUGAAUCCAGAAGUAGUCAAGGGGCAGUGGGCCAAUCUAAGUCUGGAACUAUUAUACCUAACCAACGAUGACGAGGAACGUUACAGUAUACAAGCACAUCCCACAAUUCUCAGAAAUUUGACUGUACAGUCUGCUGACCCACCACUUGGAUAUCCUAUUUUCUCAUCUGAACCUAUAAGCAUUCCAACACUGUGAUCUUAAAUGAGAUUUUAUGAUUUUAUAUAUACACCCCAAUGUGACCCCAUUUAAUUUCUGAAGAAAGAUAAUGCAAUUUUUAAUGAAAUUUGAUAUUACUGAAGAAAUUAUUCUGGUAGUUUUCUUAAUUUGUAACAGAUCCUUAGAAGUUUCUUUUGCUCAUGAUUUAAAAAGUUUUAUAGAAGGAUCAGAUUUAAAAUAUGUAAUGAAGUUGUUGUUUGCACCAAACCUUUUAUUUUAUAAUUAAUUUAUUUUGUUUUGAUUGACAGAGAAAAAUUUGAUGCGUAAAAUAUUCACUUAGCAGUUUUCUUUAUACAUACAUCAGAUUAUGAAUUGUUUUCUUUAUACAUACAUCAGAUUAUGAAUUACCAGUUUUCUUUAUACAUACAUCAGUUUAUGAAUUACAACUGUUACAAUUUUUGUACAUUUUAUUUAAUACCAAAUGAAUGAACUGAAAACUAUAAAAACUUAAUCAUGAGUGGACUGGAAAAAAAAACCCAGUGUAAACUAAGGCUUUACUCGACAAUUAUAAGCAUCUCAGGCUAAUUUUAGGAUAUUUUUUGGAAGAGAGAACAUCUUCUUUUAUUUUGUAACUACCUGAUAUGACAUUCACAAAACCAGUUCACGUCAUUGGAAACAAGAUUAUAUGGUGCCUGAAAAGUUAAUUAUAUAUAUUUGUUGGCCUUAUAUCUAAACCAAUAUAAACUGUCAAUGUUGGUGCCACAUUAUUGAGAACAAAAGCAAUCUCCAAUUUCUAGCAAGAUUUUUGAGUUAAUUAAAACAGAUAUUACUGUACUAGUUUUAUCAACAGUGCAUUGUUUCCACAGUAGAGAAAGCUUUGUGCAAAAACUACAUGAACAUUAUUUUCAGAGUAUAUGUUUAUGAACUGCCACUAUAAUUAGUGUUGUUAAUUAUAUAUUUUAUUUGCCAUAACAAUCACUCUAUUUUACAGAUAAAAAUCUUCAUUUCGGUUUACAAUACUGGUUUGGGAUAGUUGCCUUAGGCUUCUUUGUUGUUGCUUAGAGGCAAUAAUUUUAAGAAGAUAUUAUGAUUUGUACAUAAAUGUUUAUGUAAUUCCCAACAAGAGACUUUAUACUUAAGCUCUCCAUUCUUUGUUUUACAGGAGGUUAAAUAUUAUAUAUCAUUCAUAUAGUUAAUUUUGCCUGUCACUUUUCUGUUAGAAGGACCAGUUAUCUCCACUUUAAAAUCUAUCUAAUAAUCAUUAAUAUAAUAUUAGGGGGAAAUUUAAUACUAGAAGAGAAGAAAAGUUCACAUAGAACCAACACAAUUCUUUAGUUUCUUGAUUUAACAUUAGUCUUAAAUUGUAUUUGUCGGAAAGAAAUUGAUGUAACUUUCUCUAAAGGGUACUCGAAAUUCAGUUGACAAUAUUUUUGUACUUUGAAAUGUGCAUGCUUAAAAAUGUACAAUAUAAAUCUAAGACAAAAGUUACUAUUUUUUUUCAAUUCAAGAGAAAUUUUACAGUUUCCAAAAGUUAAUGAUAACAUAAUGCUGUAACACUGUUUCUGUAUACAAGAAAUUUGUGUUCACAAGUUCAAAAUUGAGAGAAAUUAGUAUUUGUAUCUUUACUGCUGAGUACUGUGGAUUUUGAUAAAUGAGGAAAAUGGAAAAGGGCUGGGGGUACAUGAGACAAAAAUUGCAUGAAAUACUAAAGAAACAAUGGAACAACUCAUAGGCAAAAAUGUCUGUCUUAAGUAAACAGCAAUAUUUUUGAAGCAUCAAGAAGGUUAUUGCAAACAUAUCAAAUGACAGUAAAUAAUAACUGAUGGUAACUAUUCCUUAACCAGUAUUACAUUUAUAAUCUGAGUGCAAUCAAUUGUGUUGAACUUGAUUUAAAAUGUUAUUAUUAUGAUUUUUUUUGUUUAUUUAAGAACACAAUUAGAUAUUACUUUACUAUUUACUGAUUCUCCUGUAAAUUUUGUACACUUGUAGAUCAUGUCUUACUUCUAUGAGGUGUGUAGUGACUUGACUGCAUGUUGGGCAGAUCAUGUAGGAUAUUUUUGGUGAAUAUUUUAUGAAUAAACAAGGUUGAUGAACUUUCCUUUCGUAUUGAUAACUUUUAGUUUCUAUAGAGGAAUUUCUUACUUCAAAUUGAUAAGCCUGUGCCAUACAUACUAUGUAGUUUUUACACAUAUUUCAGUAUCAAAUGUGAACAUAUUUUCUAAAGUACACAGAUAAAUAUUACUGUAAUUCAUACAUGACAAUAAAAAGUUAAGGACCAUUUUGAUAUUUUUACUUAGGGCUUGGAGCAAAAGUGUUGUUUCUGGAAAAAACACCUGAAUUGAAAGCAAUCUAUACCCCUCAGUGCUCACAUGGGCUUGGAUAAAUGAGUUUACAUCAGUUGUAAAUGAUCACUCACACAAAGAUGUUUCUCAGUGCCAUUUCGAGUCCAUGGCUGCUACAAAAGAUUUUCAACGAGAAAUUAGACAAUAUUAGACACUAUUUUAAUAGAAAAUAUUAAUAAAUGGUCCUUAAUUUUUUUUAGGGAGUAUAUAUAGCAGAUAAACUAUUUUUAAAGUUUCAAUUUUAUUUUUAACAAAUCAUAUCAGAAAUCUCUACUUAGGAAUUAGACUUACUUAAACUUUUAUUAUUUGCUAGUUGAUUGGGUAUAUUUUAUUAUUAUAAUAUAAAUAAUUAUUAUUGUUUAAUUUUUAUUUUUUCAAAUAUUACAAUGAACAUACAUGUAUGGACAUUGAUUGUGCAGGAAAACAAAAAAAUCUCUCUUAAUUGUACUGCUGUUGUUUUUUUUUUUUUGCUCCGACCAAUGUUUGCUUAGGUUCAGCAGUUUUUAAUCUUAUUAUUUAUUGAUUGAUUGUAUCUGUGAUAUGUUAAGAGAUAGAUAUCAGUGCUGGAUAAAACAAAUGAGUUCAGGUAACUUUUUUUUAAAUAUUUUUUGCACUCCUAAGCUAAAAAUGUACUCAAAACCUUUGUCUUUAUUUAUUGUUACCAUUUUUUUUAAGAUAUAUGUUUUUGUCAGUGUAUGUCCUUUUGAAUUUUAUUCUUCAUAUUUUAUUGAAAAAUAUUUUACUGUAAGAUUGAUAUCUUUUUUAGCGGUUUCCAAUUAAAGUUAAUUCAGAAAUUACAUUGGAUGUGAAUAAAAACAUUAAUUCAUGCAGUGAGAUCUUUAAAAAAAAAUUUUAAUCUAAGAAAAUUGUUCACAAGCAUUAAAUUGCUUUCCCUUAUCUUAUCAGUUAUUGUUAGAUCCUGCACCAUACACAAAUCUGUAUCAAUCAAUUACAAGUAUUUAUGUGCCAGUAAAUAGGCCAAUAUUAAAACAUUAUAUGUAUAGAUACCUUUAUACCAAAUUGAUAAAACCUCUUCAACCUUAAAUGCAAUGAGGGAAAACCUGAAAUUAUCAAAACCUUUUAGAGCUUUAGUGAGUGGACAAGUCAGUUUGUUUAAAAAGGCCUAUUUAAUAUAACCUUAAAAAUUUAACCAGUUGAGGUUAGGUAAUUUAGGUAGUUUAUAAAGUUAUCAAAAUAUUUAUUUGCUUAUAAGUAAAACAGUUUAAUUUUUAUAAACAUUUUGACCACAAGCUUUUAUUUAAUACUAUAUAUAUGCCGUCCUAAGCUUGUGUGUUUAAGGCUUACUAUUGUUAUAGAUGUAUCGAUUGUUUUCUAUUUGUUGUUAUAUAUGGUGAUAUUCUACACAGAUCUGAAUUAUGUGACAUUUUGUAAUAAAUAUUGUUUUGUGAAAA